UGCUCGACAAAAUCGGUCAAUGUUCUUCUGUGGUGUGAGACUCGUCUGUCUCUGGUGUCGGGAUUUUCGGUUCGCCGCCUUAGCGAUUUUUUCAAUUUAGCCUUCGUUUUUAUGCACGGCGCAUUCGCCUAUUCUCAAGAAAGGACGACUGAGCGUCUGCACAACCUGUGCCUUUCUUAUCAUACCGUCAUUCUCUAGGACGCUCGUUGGGUGUGAGUGUCCUUAGAAGGCUGGGCAGUGACGGCAUUAGAAUGAUCGAGCGACCAGAAACUGCGGUUCCCAGCAUUGCUCAGCGGAACCUGGAGGGCUAUGUGGGAUUUGCUAAUCUUCCCAACCAGGUGUAUCGGAAGUCCGUUAAAAGAGGCUUUGAGUUUACUUUAAUGGUUGUUGGUGAGUCCGGUCUUGGGAAAUCAACGCUUAUUAACUCCCUCUUUCUGACUGACCUUUACUCCAAGGACUAUCCUGGGCCAUCACAGCGCAUUAAGAAGACUGUUCAGGUGGAGCAGUCUAAGGUGCUCAUCAAAGAAGGAGGAGUCCAGCUGACUCUGACAAUUGUUGAUACGCCAGGAUUUGGAGAUGCAGUAGACAACAGUAACUGUUGGCAGCCAGUUAUCAACUACAUUGACAGUAAGUGUGAGGACUUCCUGAAUGCAGAAUCAAGGGUGAACCGCAGAUCGAUGCCAGACAACAGGGUCCACUGCUGUCUAUACUUCAUUGCCCCCUCUGGACACGGACUAAAGCCACUUGACAUUGAGUUCAUGAAGAGGCUUCAUGACAAAGUUAAUGUCAUUCCACUUAUUGCAAAAGCAGAUACUCUGACUCCAGAGGAAUGCCAGCUUUUUAAGAAACAGAUUAUGAAAGAGAUCCAGGAGCACAAAAUCAAAAUUUAUGAAUUUCCAGAUAUGGAUGAUGAUGAGGACAACAAGCUGAUCCGGAAAAUCAAGGAGAAGAUGCCACUGGCUGUGGUUGGCAGCAACGUGGUAAUUGAAGUAAAUGGAAAGAAGGUCAGAGGUCGCCAGUACCCGUGGGGUGUAGCAGAAGUGGAGAAUGGGGAACACUGCGACUUCACUGUGUUGCGCAACAUGUUAAUCAGGACUCACAUGCAGGAUUUGAAAGAUGUGACCAACAAUGUCCACUAUGAGAAUUACCGCAGUAAGAAACUUGCUGCCGUCACCUGUAACGGAGUGGAUAACACCAAGACCAAAGGACAACUUACUAAGAGUCCCUUGGCACAGAUGGAAGAAGAGCGGAGGGAACAUGUGAUGAAAAUGAAGAAGAUGGAGGCAGAAAUGGAACAAGUCUUUGAAAUGAAGGUUAGGGAGAAGAAGCAGAAACUGAAGGAUUCUGAGGCCGAGCUGGAACGACGUCAUGAACAAAUGAAAAGGAACCUGGAGGCACAGUACAAAGAGCUGGAGGAGAAGAGAAGAGUGUUUGAAGAUGAGAAAGCCAACUGGGAAGCUCAUCAGAGAAUCCUUGAGCAGCAGAAAUUGGAUGCCUCAAAGACAAUGGAGAAGAACAAGAAGAAAGGAAAAAUCUUUUGAAGAACCAGUUGAUUUCCGCAUAAAUUCAAGCUGUGGACCCAUCCUAAUUUUUCUCUAAUUCACUCACUCACACACACACAAAGAUGCAUACACAUAAGUUACUGAUUUUACAUAGAAUUCCUGCAUCAUGGGUACCAUAUAAAGAAAGUCACAAAGUGUUCUACUGUUGAAAAUGAACCCCAGUGAUGUUGUUGGAGAAUUAAUCUUUGUAAAACAUCCUUAGUUGCCCUGACAAAGAGGAGAAAGCUGAAUUCCUCUGAGCUAGUCUAGUGUUAACACAUGGUGGGGCGUUUAUACUCUCAUACUUAAUACUCGUCCUGUGUUUUUGAGAUAUGUAGACUCUUUUUAAUAGAUUACCCGCUAUAGCACAAAAUAUCUUUGUAUUAAUAUUGAAAGAAUCUUUCGUGUUUGUACAGUGCUUAAAAUCUAAUAACCACCGGUCAUUAAAGAAAGACCAGUGUCACGAACUGCUGUUAAAAUUUACGAUUUCAAUUUCAGUGAGCACCUGAUGGUUUAGCAAUAUAAACAGAAAUCAGGAAUCUCACUUUUUUUGUACACAAAUUUUAUGUUAGCUCACUGGUAGUUUAAAAAUUACAGUCACCUAAAAUAAUAAAACAUUUUGCUGAUGUCCAAUAUUGUCACUUUUGUUAAAUUGUCAUCAGCUGUAUAUUUGGGUGGUGGUCUAAUAUUUUUUAAGCAGUAAAAGGGAAGGUAAUUGACUAAGAGGACUGCUACAGAUGUCUUUUGGAAAUAAAACCAAGUCACAUCAGAAACUGAGUGUUGGACUGAAGCCCAUGACUUUUCAAAAUAAGACGGCUAAAUGUAGUAUAAUCUAAUAGAAGACAUCUAACUCUUCAAAAGAGCCCUGAGUGUCUCAACAGGCUAUCGAUUUGAGACCAUGCUGGUGGGUUUCAUGCUGCUUAUUUGAGCUGGCUCAGGUCAUAGUCAGUUAGCAAGAUGACAUUGUGCUAACAAAGAACAAUGACUAUGUAUUGCUUCUCAGUGGUCAACACUAUUGAAACUGCAGGCUGUACAUGGGGCGGAGACAUGUUUACCAAAGAAGAGUUUAAUUUAAUUUCAGACUAAUUCCCACCCACUAUUGACAUUCUCUGGUUUUAUACAUUGUUAGGGCCAAGGUCAUUGUGUUUCAAUAAAUUGUGUGUUUUAAGACUUAAACACGUUAAGAAGAGCCAGAAUGAUAUCUAACCAUUCUCUUUGCAGUGUUUCCGAGUUUAACUGAAGAUAUGCAAGAGCCUCAGUGGUGUCGAGAGUGUUUUAUAGAAUACUGUAACUCCCCCCAAAAAGUUUGAUAUUGUGAUGUAACUGAUGUCUAUUGUCAAAGUCUUGAAACAAGUUUUAAAGGACAUUUUCCAUUUCCGAAAUAACCAAACAGGACAAGUAAAAAGAACAAAAAGAUAUAGCCUUAUCGUUGAUAUUUUGUGUAGUAUAGGAUAAAAAUGCUUCAACAUAACCAACAAAGGCUUGCCCUAACCCUAUUAAAUAAAAGAGCGUAAGUCCAAGGCAUUAUUUCUUCCCCAGAGUCGUCCUGUUUUAUUUUCUUAUGACUGUAAUAAUGAUGUGCAUGGAAAAGAUGACUGUUCCUAUGUAGUUUUCUUAAGUAACCCUUAUAUAACUCCAUUAUCUUACUAUUAUUUUUCCAUACUGCCUUGGAGUAUUCUCAAUGCAUUAAAAUUAUGCAGAAGAAACAAAUCCUUGUCCUUAGCACAUAAUAUUACCUGUUGCUUCUGGCCACGAUAGAUAACAGAUAUUGUGUACAUAUUGGAGGCUAUUCAGUUGCUGUUUCCUUUGUGAGUUUAUUUUGUUUUGUUUUCCAGAAUUGUUAAUGCCAGAAAUAACCACAGAAAAUAUUUGAAAGUCAGACAAUAACUGCAACGUGGUGAACACAUUUUGAAUUCAUGAAUAACAGGACCCCUCAGUUAUGGUAGCUUUAUCUGAGACUCAAUUACUGCAACAAGUUAUCUGAUCAUUUUCACAAAAGUUGCAGGAUUUUCCGGAAUUGCUGCUUUUUUUCUUUUUUUUUUUUUUACUUUUUAUGUCUCUUUAUCCCAUCCUGAUUAAUCAGGUACCCAGUCUGUUAUUGUACUUUAAGAAUAAAGUUGAAAAUGUUUUAACCACUA